AUGUUUUGGUUGUCCUGGUGGCUGGUCACAGACGAUCCUGGAGGUGAAGAUGCCGGAUAUGGAGGUCCUGGGCUGGCAGGCCGGUUGGACAUUCCCCGACACUGUUUAACGGGUGUGUGGGCUUUUUUCCUCCCGCUGCCUGAGCGCUGUAAUAUUUAUUCCCCCUCUUUUCAGUGCACAAUAAAUGACUGCUGUUAUGGACCACUAGUAGACUGCAUCAAACAUGCUAUUGGCCAGGAGGCUGACGUGCUCCAACGUGACAAGCUGAAGGAGAGAAACCUGUCCUUAGAUGAAACCAACUGUGAACCAAAUGUUAUGACAAAAACGCCUGACAUUAUCCUGGAGGUGCCAAUUGCUGUGGAAGGCCAUAUCGUCCACUGGAUUGAGAGAAGGGCCUUGUUUGGGCAUGACCACAGCCAUUGCACCUACCUGAACAAGCAGUUCUGGAGCUACUGGAAAAUGUUUGGUCCAGGACUGGUCAUCCACAGGCAUGGUUUCAUUGAAGAGCUGGACAGCCAGAGAGACAGAGGCAUUCUGCUCAAAGACUGCUUACCCUCUGAUAUCGUGACCGUCUACCACGGGAACAGCCCAGUCACAACUGACUGA